GCUUGACAUCACAUCGGAGCCUCGCAAUGCUGGACGGGGCCACAGGUGUCCUCGAGUGAACAACACAAUCCUCGCACGCGCCAUGGGAUGUCGGCACAGCCAGCCACGACGUGCGUCCACUCAAGUCGUUGCCACGAUGGCCAGAGACCAACCGUGCAUUCCACCAACGUCAGAUGAUAACACGAUGGCACAAAGCGGCAGCGGAUCUCCGACGACGGCGCAAAACAUUCGAGCUGCCAACACGACAGAAUUUGUCAAACACAUCAUUGACAACGUCGACAGGAUAUCCGUUGAUGAAUCCGAAGCCGCGCACACCCACGCAACGUUGAAAUCGCCGCCAAGCCACGACAGCAUGACGGCUUCGAUUGUAGCGACCUUAGUCGACGAAACAUCUCGAUCUCAACCGCCAACACCGCGGGGGUGCCAAAGAGUCGGCUCAGCAGGGCGGAUGGCCAUGUCGAGCUCACACGGGGGCCGUGGGAUGCCCCGAGGACGAGGCCCGGCGCGGGGCGGAGGCAGGAUAGGGCGAGGAGGCCGCCCCGAUGUACUUGCACCGCCCUCGAGUGAAAAGUACAGCGUCGACAUUGUUUCUGCCAACGGUCCCCGCGGUCACAGUCGAGAGAACGGAGAGUUUGGUCAAACUUUGAAUGUCGAUUCUGACGGUGGUGGUUCAAGCGAUUCAGACGAUGACGACGACGUUGCGACGAAUUGGCUCGACACUGCCACAUUGCCAGCCACACGAGGCGAGGGCAGCAACGCAGACUCGGAGCCGGUAGAUGUCCAUGACUGGUUGGGGACGCAGACACCACUUCCGUCCGUGAUCGACGUGGCCAUUCCCGUGAGCCUCCCACAAGAACGAAAACAAUCUACCCCGGUGGUCGUGACCGACGAACCGAAGCGCGCCAUUCCUUCUGGCAUGACUGCCGACGUCAUGAAAUCGCAGGAAAAGGUGAAAUUGUUUGUCCGGCAGCCGUCGGCCGGUCAGAGUGCCAAUUUACUCAUGCCCUUGAGUCCCACUCAACCCGCGGGUAUUCGAGACACAACAGUGGUCAAGAAAAAGAAGGCCGAGCUGCCGACGCACAACCUGCCGCACCCACACCCGAUUUCUGGCGACUGGCUCAACUCGCGCACCAUGAUCAACAACUACAUCAUCCUGGAAAGCUUGGGCGCUGGAAGUUAUGCCGAAGUGAAGCUGUGCAAGGAAAAAACGACCGGUCAGCUCUUUGCGAUGAAGUUUAUUGAUCGCGAUGUCAUGAACAAGCAGUCGAAGUUGACCAAGCAGCCCGACAACCUCAUGGACAUCAAGCGCGAGAUUGCCAUCAUGAAGAAACUUAACCACCCGAAUGUCCUCCGCCUCUUUGAAGUGAUGGACGACCCGCACAUGAACAAGCUGUUCCUCGUCCUCGAAUACAUGCAGCUUGGUGACUUGCUCAGCUUCAAAAAGGGUCAGAAGAAGCUCGUUGGGGUCGCGCCUUCCACCGAGACGAUCUGCGAGCCCAUGUCAGACCGGGAGCUCCAUGGCGUCGCACUGCAGGUGCUCUUGGGCCUCGCGUACCUCCACGAGCAGAACAUUGUCCAUGGCGACCUCAAACCACAGAAUCUCCUCAUCGGCGAGCGUGGGGUCGUCAAGAUUUCCGACUUUGGCAUUUCGCAAAACCUGUACGGAAGCAAACAAAAGCUGCUCGAAGCGAUGGGCACACCCGCCUUUAUGUCACCGGAAAUGUGCUCAGGAGAACAAUAUUCCGGCCAACUGGCCGACGUGUGGGCUGUCGGGGCGACGUUGUACAUGCUCAAGUUCGGCAACCCCCCGUUCGUCGCAAAGAGUGCCCUCCAAGUGUUUGACAAGAUUCAGCACGACCCGCUCGUGUUUCCUUUCCCGAUCGACCCGAUCCUGGCGGACUUUCUCAGCGGUAUCAUGACGAAAGACCCAUCGAAGCGCCUGGCGCUGCAUGAAGUCAUGAUGCACCCAUGGAUCACAAAGGAACGCCUUCCCCCUGGCCGACGACCGUCCCCACCCAAACCAAAAGCAUCGUCCGUUCCCAUCACCGUCUCUGCCGACGAAAUCAACAGCGCCAUUCACGAAUCCCCCACGCCGUCCGCGCCUCCUGCAGGCAGACGGACUCAAACCCCAACCCCUCCAACCAGUCCCAACGCACCUCGUCCCAUCGACAGCGCUCCUGCCAAAACGCAUUCGUCCGACUCGCAAAAGCCCGACGGCCGCCCUGUUGCAAGCCCCAAACACAACGAAAUGCAAGCGAUGCAUGAACAAGGUAGCAGCCGCCGCCGCCUCUCCCAGCCCACCACCAAGCGAAAGUUCGUCCUCACAAAUGAAGAAACACACUACAGAUCCCAGCGAUUUGCCCAAAAGCGAAGCCACCCCAAAUUGGUAUCAGGACUGUCUGGGGACGAGACCGUGUGCGCGGCCGCCCACGGCUCUUCAGUGCAUGUCGCCGGCGACAACGAAGACGAUGACAUGGACGACCCCGACGACGCCGAAGCCAUUUACCAAUCGUCCAACGGCCUUGAUGAGCUGCUUUUGACCACCCUGGCUCCGACGCGACACACCGUCCUCCCGACGAUCAAAGCCGACUCAUCGGUGUUCGUGGACACUUCGCCAUCCUUGACAGAACACUCAGCGAACCCACACUUGACCAUUCGCAUGGGAGCGUCGUCCAUGCAGGGACGGCGCAGCACCCAAGAAGAUCGAUGGGUGGCCAUUCCAAACAUCUUUGAACAUGCAAACGAGCACGCUGUCGACGCCUUGACUCGACUCGGAGAACAAGCGAAUCGCAUGGGCUUUGUGGGUCUCUACGAUGGCCAUGGUGGUGAUGGAUGUGCAUCCUUGCUACAAGAGCGAUUUCACACUCAUCUCUUGCAAAACCUUCCCAUUCCAGUCCCAGACGGCCUGGCUUUGGUCGCGGCCGUGCAAAGCAUCUGCGUGGGCUUUGACGCAACUAUUUGCGACGUCUUGUACGCUUCCGACAGCCCCAGUGGGUCCACGGCGACCUUUUCCCUCAUCGACGGCACGUGCAGCACAUUGCGCUUGGUUGUGGGGCAUGUCGGUGACUGCAGGGCGCUGAUUUGUCGAAGCGGCGAGUGCAUUGCUCUCACAACCGACCAUCGAUGCUCCACCCGGACCGAGCAUGACAAGGUUGUCCGGUCCGGCGGGUCAAUUAUCAACAACCGCGUGAACGGCGUGCUCGCGAUCACGCGGACGUUCGGGGACCUCGAAUUCAAAGGGCGGGAAGUCAAAGCUGUCCAGGAGGCAGCUCAAGUGUACUCCCAAGAGAGCGUCGGGGCCGUUCUAGACGCAACUCCCGACGUGAUUGUAGUCGACGUCCAGCCGAACGACUCGUUUGUUUUGUUUGCGUGCGACGGAGUGUGGGAAGUGAUGACGAGCGAAGCCGCCGUUGCGUUUGUCGUCGCGCGGCUCCAAGCUCACGGAAACAUCCACAUGGCCGCUGACGAACUGGCCCAGGAAGCGAUCAGGUCCCUGUCCAGCGACAACGUGACGGUAGUCUUAGUGCAGUUAAACUGCUCGACGUCGGCGUAGACGAGAGAGUAUGCAGGAGAGCCAUAUUUAUUCACGACGUGCCCCAUCCCCACUGCAGGCAUAUCGCGCGCUCGAUUUCGGCUUGGUGUGUCGUUUGAGCAGUUGUGAUGUGGUCAAAAUGACCUUCGAGACGGCGUAGGCGCUCUUGGAACUGGGACUCGGCGCGGCGUCGCUGCUUGGCCAGGAGCUUCAGCGCGAGUUGGCGAUGUACCUAAUGUCGCAGGAAACCACCUUCCGGACAACAGAUCACUUGUGCAGACGGAAAAAGGAUAUUUGGAUGAUCGUGAUGGACAGCACACGUUUUUACGUUGAGAUAGUACGUGUUGCCGCUGUGGUUGUCGAGCUGGGGAACCCACUCGGCAAACAACUUGGCUUUCAGACACUGCUUUGUGAGCUCGGCGCUGUAUUUCUACACCGACACAGCGCACAACUCCC